AUGCAGGUUUUAAUAAAAGCGAACUGUAAUAAAAACGCUAAAGUUAGAACCCGUCCCAAAAUUCGCGAAGCCAAUGAUCUAGAUCUAACCAGUGACCCUGUUGCAGCGAUGUGCAGGCAGCUCGAACAGAUGAAGAAGGAGCGUAUAAAAAACGGUUCGACGACCACGUCGACGUCAUCCCCGAGUCCGCCUCCAGCCAGCCAGUUCAGCAACCGUGGCUCCGGUUGUACAACGGUGCCCUGCAACCGGGACUCCGAUAAAGUGCGGGGCAACGAGGGCAACUGCAGCUACGAGUGCGUCGCCUUGCACGUCAGCCCGGACUUGGGUGAACGGGUGAUGCUGUCGGGUGGUAGCGCGCUUUUGGACGAGGUGUUCCCGGAGACGACGCAAGCGGUGAUCGACGCUCGUUCCGGCGUCGCCUGGCACCAGCAGGACGCCCGCUACGUGAUCAGGUUCCCGUUGAACGGUUUCUGCAAGCUGAACUCCGUGCAGGCGAUCACCAGGCUGCUGAACGCAGGGUUCCGCGUGGUCGCCAGCAACGGCGGCGGCGUCGAGGAGCAACAGUUCUCGGAGUACCUGUUCGUGCGACAGGCCGUCAACACCUGACGGAGCACCGCGCACCAGCGCAAAACGAGCUCGAGGACGGUCCGCUGCCUGCAGCAGGAUCUGGACCACGAGUGAGUUGUCUCCAGGAGAAGAAUAUCGAAGACUGUGUCACGGAUGAUCGUCUGAUCCAGCGAAGCACCGCGCGCUGCUUCAGCUUCCGAGGAUCGUUCGGGAGAUUUUCGUACGUCGAGCGCGUUGAUUCGAACCUCUCUAACCUGCGCCCCGCUUCGGGCGUAGGGUUCUGAAAAUUGUCUGAAUAGCCGGGCCUCGCCGAGCGAGGACUUCGCGGGAUACGUCGAUGCAGGUUUUGCAUUUGAAAUUAAUUCUUCGAUCGACGAAACUCGGAUCGAAUAUAAAAAUUGAACGGUUCUUUGUAAAUAAUUGUCGAAGGACGAUCGAUUAUUCGUACUGACGUUUGUAUUAUUUUAUGAAUAAGUAAUAGAAGUUCGUGUUAAAUUUGAAAAUUGUAUGAAAUACGAUCUGCGAAAGGGUUGAUUUCUUUUGCAAAAAGUUGUGUUUGAUUUGCAAAAAUAUGAAUGAAAUCUGCAAAAGGGUUAACGUGAUUCGCCUGAAGAUUGGCACGUUGUACGAAAGAAUUCAUUUGGAUUCGCAUGAAGGCGAUUUGAUUCGUGAAAGAGCUAAUGUUGAAUGCAGAAAAGGUAAAUUUGCUAAAGAAUCAAUUCGAAUUGCAAAAGGAUGGAUUGAUUCGCAAAAGAAUUAACGUGAAAUACGAAAAGAAUUCGCUUUAAGUAGAAAAUGGUGAAUAUGAUCCGCGAAAAGACUAAUUUUUAGUACAAAACCUGCGAUCAUCGUAGCCGUGCGCUCAAUUAUCUAGGGCUUCGAGCUACCGAAACAUGGACAACUAUUGGGUUGGCAACUAAGUAAUAGCCGAUUUGUUCAAUGAAAUAAAAAAUUUUGUUUUACUUGGAACGAA